ACAUAAAGUGAUAAUAUAAUUGAGACUCACAAAGUGCCAUACGAAAAUAUCAGAAAUUCUAUCCAGAUUGGCGCGAGUCGUCAUUGAAUUCAGGAACAGCUUCGGUCCUGUCAUUCAAUACCAGAUUGGCUCAACGAUCUCUAGAAUUAUGAUAUACUUAAAGUGAUAAUAUAAUUUGAGACCCACAAAGUACCAUACGAAAAUAUCAGAAAUUCUAUCCAGAUUGGCGCGAGUCGUCAUUGAAUUCAAGAACAGCUUCGGUCCUGUCAUUCAAUACCAGAUUGGCUCAACGAUCUCUAGAAUUAUGAUAUAAAGUGACGAUACAAUGUGUGACCCAAAAAUUACCACAAGGAUGUCAGAAAUUCUAUCCAGAUUGGCGCGAGUCGUCAUUGAAUUCAAGAUCAGCUUCGAACCUGUCAUUCAAUACCAGAUUGGCUCAACGAUCUCUAGAAUUAGACAUAAAAGUGACGAUACAAUGUGUGACCCAAAAAUUACCACAUGGGUGUUAGAAAUUCUAUCCAGAUUGGCGCGAGUCGUCAUUAAAUUCAAGAACCGCUUCGGUCCUGUCAUUCAAUGCCAUAUUGGCUCAACGAUCUCUAGAAUUAGACAUAAAAAUGACGAUACAAUGUGUGACCCAAAAAUUACCACAUGGGUGUUAGAAAUUCUAUCCAGAUUGGCGCGAGUCGUCAUUAAAUUCAAGAACAGCUUCGAUUCUGUCAUUCAAUGCCAGAUUGGCUCAACGAUCUCUAGAAUUAGACAUAAAAGUGACGAUACAAUGUGUGACCCAAAAAUUACCACAUGGGUGUCAGAAAUUCUGUCCAAAUUGGCGUGAGUCGUAAUUAGAUUCAAGGACAGCAAAUUGUAAUAACAUAAUGAAUUUGACUUACAUGAUAUAAUUCCCAUAGCGGAAGCUUUUUCCUAAUAGUGUGAUCAAUUAAUUUAACUAUUUAUAAAAGAAUCAAAAUCACUCUCUAGCUCACUUGUCAUGCCCGGUCAAGGCAAAAAUCUAUACUGAAUUACAUUACACAUUACACAGAUUGUGCCUCGUAUGCAUUGAGGAAUGUGGGCUAUACUAUACCAUAUAUUAUAUCAAUCAGGUAUCCUCUGACUCGUGGGAAACUUUUUAAUAAACAACUAGUUUCAGUUACUGACUUCGCUUGAUAAAUUAUUUUUAUUGCAGGGUACAGGUUUACCUACAAUACAUUAUGAAGAAGGUGAACAAGUUUUCACUUUUGAUUCAUCAUGCAGAAUCAAUGCUUUGCGUUUACUCAAAUAUUGUUAUGUUUUUGUUCAACUGUAAUGAUGAUGGUGAUUAUAACGUUCGACUUAUUGUUCGAUUCAAAGCAGGUUGAAAUAAGGUUAAUAUUAUUUAAAAUAUCAGUAUUGAAACGUUGCACUCCUUGUUCAUUACAACUUAGGUACCUACCUAAUGUACAACUAGAUCGUGAUUAUAUAAUCAUCACAACCAGUAUGCAGGUAUAUUCAUGAUAUUCCUCCUCGUAAGAUUAUCGUUUAUAUUCAAUGUACAUAAUUUAGUCAGAAAAAAAAUGUAUGUAGAGAAUCGAACUUGUAACAUAUACCUACAUUGAACAUCAAACUCUUAACCACUGAGCCAUCGUCGUACUGCGUCAUCGGAAAUAGGUGUAAGUUUACGUCUGUGUAAUAAAUACCUAAUUAAUAUGAAUAUGCGGUGUAUCAUUUUACAAAGUGUUGCGACUAACUCGUUUGUUCGUGAGAAUAGCAACUAAGCAUUUUAGCGAUGACUACGCGUCCAAAAUGCAAAAAUUUGAAAUAUGCAAUGCAUAAUCCGUUAUUGUCUUGCAUUUAAGGUUUUAUUUUGCAUAAUUCAGUUUUGCACGGAUUUGUAUUGUUUUUCUAUAAAAUAGGAAAAAUCAUUAAACUUUACUCAUUCCUUUGAUCGAUUCCCAAUUGUCCACAAUUGUGGUAUCCUCAUCCGUGUUAUUUUCAUCUUCAGUGCUUUUCUUCAAGAAAGUUUGUUAAAAUGUUAGUAAGUAUUUACAUUUACUUUUAGUUUAUGUAUUAUGUUGGAGUUUUUUACAUAAUAAAUUUACACAACAUUUUAAAUACCAUGUACCUAACCGAUUUCUUAAUUUUCAGGUCUAACUACGAAUAUUCAUCCGGUUCGGACUCCCAACUGCCGCUGGCGCCUACGUCUGCGCUAAAAGUGUUGAAAAAGAAGCCUGCGAGCAAGAGGAAGCCGGCGGAGUCGACCCCAACGCCUACUAGUUCUAAAAAGAAGUCGCGUUCGAGCGCCAACGACGAGGCAGGCGCGACCGCAACGUAUUCAUCGAGUACUGGCCCUGGAGGACUCUUCGGGUUUGAGACGGGAGCAACUUCGGGGACGUCGAAGUCUGCAGUGCUGCAGACUUAUUUGACCAGCCGCGUCCCCAACGGUCGAGUGCGCCGGGAGCUCGUCAACCAGUCUGGCGAGUACUAUAUAGAGUUCCGGGUGUAUAACACCGAGAAAGCUGUUGCCUCUAAACCAGAUCAGCGGUGGAAAGAGGCUGAAGUUACUCUUAAAGUAAAGUUAGAUCGGGGGACUCCGCAGUGGGAGAAAAUGCAAUCGUUUAUGCAGCGGAUUCAUAAUUUAUUUGAAGAUUGUGAGCCCGUCUUCAUAAGCGAAUAGUAAUAAGUACAGCUACUACUCAGGUACUUAUUACAACCUUUUCUCUCACUGCUGCUGUUCAUUGAUAUAACUUCACUUUAAGAUACUUAGUAGUUUUUUUUCCACUGAAUUUUCAACCAAAUACCUAUGAAAUUAUAAUUGUAAAUCAUACAUUCAUUGUGUAUAUUGCAAUUUUAUGUCGUUAGCGUAUGAAAGGCGAGGCAUUUUCUUUGUAUAUUUAAAGUAUACUUAUCAAAAAUGGUGUUUUGUACAGUUUGUAAAGUCUCUGUAGAUCGUGUUCAUUGGAUGGGGCAUUUACGAAGCACUAACCAUAAAAAUAAAAAUAUUUCUCCUUUUAGCGACGGGAUUGAAUUAAUUGAGUCCGCAUUUCGCAACCGAAUAGCUUCAUACAGAAUAUUAUCACCAGAUUUGGAUGGUCAUAAUUCUUUAGAUCGGUUUCUUGAUGAUAUAAAAAAUAAAAUCAAAACAUUAAUUGAUUUGUCUCUCAAGGAAAAUGACUGUAUAAAACUCAAUUUUGAACAUUUUGCUGUUUUUCUUUUAGUAAAAAAUGAUUCUCAGGAAAUAAAGUCUUUUGGAACUAAAAAUUAUACUCUCUAUAAAAAUUAUGACUUUGAUAGUUUAAUGAACAAAGUGAAAAUUAGUUUGAUGAGAAAAAAAUGUGAAUUUCAAGAACGUGAUAGUGGUUGGACCUUCUUACAUAAUUCCCAUUUAGAAUUGAAUAUUAAUAAAUAUCAACCAUUAAGAGGGUCAGGUCACAUUGAUUUGCCUGCACCAAUCAAAGCCAGAAAAGCGUGUGUAAACAUAAAAAACGAAGACAGUUUUUGCUUUUUGUGGUCAGUUACAGCUGCUUUAUACCCAGUUAAAUCUCAUCCUGAUAGAGUAUCGUCAUAUCCUAAUUUCAAAGACGUUUUAAAUGUAGAGGAUAUAUCGUUUCCAGUUACUUUUUCAGACAUAGCUAAAUUUGAAAUUAACAACCCUCAAAUAUGUAUUUUUGUUUACGGUUUAAAAGAUAAUAAUACAGUUAUCGGCCCUCUUUACAAAUCUGAACCAUUAAAUAAAAAAGUAAUUCAUCUACUGUACCUACAGGAAGGUAAUAUGUCACAUUACUGUUUAAUCAAGGAUUUACCGCGACUAGUUAGAAGUCAAAUUUCUAAACAUCAUGGUAAGUUGUAUUUUUGCGAACAUUGUUUGUUAUUUUUCAACUCGACCGAUCAGUUAAGUUCUCAUAGUUGUGGAGGUGUAGCUACUAAAUUACCCCCAAAAGGGUCAUUUAUAGAGUUCAAAAAUUAUAACAGAAAACAAAAUGUUCCUUUUGUUGUUUAUGCAGAUUUUGAGUCAAUGCUCGUACCCUACGAGACUUGUGAAAAUGAUCCUAUCAAGUCAAGCACAAUGACUCAUCAGCAGCACGUGCCCGUAGCUUUUGCUUAUCAUCUUGUUUGUACUGUAGAUGAACGAUAUAAUCACAUUACAUCGUACCGAGGACAAGAUUGUGUUGACAAAUUUGUUGAUUCAAUUUGCAACGAUGCAAAAAGGAUAAGCGCAGUAUUAAGUAAUAGUGUACCUAUGGUUUUUACAGAAAGUGAUGCGUUAAACUUUGAAAAUGCCGAAACUUGUCACAUAUGCGAGCGUUUAUUGGUUAUGGAUAAAGUUAGAGACCAUUGUCACAUAACUGGUAAAUACCGCGGUGCGGCUCACAGUCAAUGUAAUUUGAACUUUCAAGUGCCCAAAUUCUUACCUGUUUUCUUUCAUAAUCUUUCAGGUUAUGACUGUCAUCUUUUUAUUAAGGAGCUUGCUAAAGUUCCUGGACCCAUCAAGGUCAUACCUAAAACCAAAGAAAAUUAUAUUUCUUUCACGAAAUUUGUGUCUAUAUCCGAUACCGAUAGCUUUCAGAUACGAUUUGUAGAUUCCUUUAAGUUUUUGGGAACUAGCUUAGAAAAACUAACCCCGACUUUAAAAAACGAUGAAUUUAGAUACUUAAAAUCUUACUAUCCCGAUGAAAAACACUUUAAUUUGCUUACUCGAAAGGGCGUAUACCCUUACGAUUAUAUGUGUAACUGGGAACGAUAUAAAGAAAAGUGUUUGCCUCCCAAAGACUGUUUUUACAAUUCUCUUACCAAUGAACCGAUCUCAGAUGAGGAUUAUGAGCACGCUCAAUCAGUGUGGUUAAAAUUUUCAUUAACCAAUAUGGGUGAAUAUACUGAUUUGUACUUGAUAACAGAUGUACUUUUGUUGACAGAUAUCUAUGAAAAUUUCCGACUUACAUGUAAACAAUAUUACCAACUCGAUCCUGCAUUCUAUCUUACGGCUCCGAGUCUAUCAUUUGAUGCAAUGCUCCUUAAAACAGGCGUUCGUUUAGAACUUGUAACUGAUUUAGAAAUUUACCGUAUGAUACAGCAAGGUAUACGCGGUGGCGUUUGCAUGUGUUCUAAACGACAUGUUAAAGCAAAUCAUAAAUAUCUGGAAACAUUUGAUCCAUCUCACCCAAGUUCAUAUAUUGUUUACUUUGACUGUAACAAUUUAUAUGGAUACAGUAUGUGCCAAACAUUACCACAUUCAAACUUCAGAUUUGUGAACGAUUCUGAAUUAAAAACUUUAGAGUCGAAUAUUUUAAAUAUUAUGGAUGACUCUGAAAAUGGUUUUAUUCUUGAGGUGGACUUAUCGUACCCUUCACAUUUACAUGAUGAACAUAAUGAUUUUCCAUUUUGUCCUGAAAAAAUUAUUUCACCCAGAGGAAAAUCGAAAAAAUUAAUACCUAAUUUGUAUGAUAAAUACAAUUAUGUUAUUCAUUACGUACAUCUAAAAAAAUGCUUAGAACAUGGCUUGGUGUUGAAAAAGAUUCAUAGAGCUAUAACAUUUAAUCAAAGUAACUUUUUAAAAAAAUACAUAGAUCUCAACACCCAACUUCGCCAGAAAGCACAGUCUACUUUUGAACAAGAUUUUUUUAAAUUAUUAAACAACAGCAUAUUUGGAAAAACUUUGGAGAACACAGAACAACGAGUAGAUGUACGAUUGGUUAAUAAGUGGUCAGACAAAAAUAAUCUAACUAAAAAAUGUACUGGCGCAGAGACCUUAAUAGCAAGUCCCAAUUUCCAUAGUGCUUCAAUAUUCUCUGAGAAUUUGGUAGCUAUACAGAUGAAACAUUCACAGAUUGUGCUUGACAAACCAAUUUAUAUUGGUUUUGCUGUACUUGAACUCUCAAAAAGUCAUAUGUACGAUUUCCAUUACUCAAAAAUAAAACCAUUUUAUGGAAACCGCAUUAAGUUGUGCUAUACCGAUACUGAUAGCUUCGUAUAUAAUGUGCAUACAGAUGACAUUUACCAAGAUUUGAAGACUAACUUCUUAAAAUAUUUUGACACAAGCAAUUACAACCCAAAAAAUGAAUUUGGUUUACCUAUUGUUAAUAAAAAGAUUCCUGGUUUAUUCAAGGACGAAA